AGGCCAGAUCUCCUUUCUUCCUUUCUCUCCUUUUCUUGUUGUGUGUGGAAGAAGCAGCUGCCCACAGAGACUAAUGAAGUUGGUGUUGGUUGGCUAGUUGGUGUUGAUGUUUCCAAAUUGUAGGGCAUCUUUUUCCGAGCAGGUAGGCGCAGCACCUCCUGUGCGCUGACGUCAUGCGUCCUGUGAAUCAGUCGGCAGCUUCUCUCUUUGUCUUCGCCUGUUGGAUGCGCCUGCCAAUUUCUAAAAUUAUGCGGAGGGAGGCUUAGGUACAGAUUCUCCUCGUCUGAGAAGAUCCUGCCUGUACACCAUAACAACAGCAUCACAUCGACUGCAGGGCUAAGAGACCAGCAGACAGGGGACAUCAUGGAAGCCCCUCUUGUGUGUUUGGAUGAGGAGUUUGAUGACCUCCGGCCAUGCCCCAUGGAUGAGCUGGACUACCCAGAGCUCAACCACUCCUCUUACUCCACAACCACCACCACCACCACUGUCCCCCUGGCCUCCAUCACCCGCGAGGACUUCUCCGAGCUGGAGAACUUCUCUGAGAUGAUGAGCUUCAAGUCCAUGGAGGACCUGGUCAACGAAUUCGACGAGAAGCUCAAUGUCUGCUUCCACAAUUACAACACCAAGACGGAAGGACUGGCGCCCAUACGCAACCAGUCACACAGCCAGGAGGAAGAGGAGAGGCUGCAGGACGAAGAUGUGUGGGAUGCUCUAACGGACAACUACAUCACCACCUGGGACGCCCCCGCCUCAGAGGGUCAUAACGGCAAUCUUUCUGACCAAGAGAUCCACGAAAAAGAGGAGGAGGAGAUGAAUGAGAAGAAUGACAAUGCCAACUGCCUGAACGAAGAGCCUCUUAUCACAGCUGAUCAGGUCAUUGAGGAGAUAGUUGAGAUGAUGGAGAACUCUCCAGAUCCUGGGGAAACUGAGGAAGAGGACGAAGAGGAGAGCAGUCCCUGCUCAUCCAGGAAUAACCCCUCCUUGCUUGAGGAGAUCAGGCAGCUGUCACAGGCCUCCAACAACAACUGCUCUUAUGAAGGCCUGAGCCUGAUGCCCAGCUCAGCGCUUGUUGAACUGCUGCACCGGGUGGAGGCGGCCAUCCGCGAGUACUCAGAGGAGCUGGUCAACCAGCUGGCUCGGCGUGAAGAGCUGGAGUUUGAGAAAGAGGUGAAGAACACGUUCAUCACGGCCCUGAUGGAGGUGCAGAACAGGCAGAAGGAGCAACGAGACAGCAGCAAACGCCGGCGCCGGGACAAGGCCCUGAGCCUGCAGGGGGGAGGGAUUCCAACUGUGAAUGCAGGGAAUACAGGCCCCACGGAGAAGACCGGGACCAUGCCUGUCAAGCGUUUCAGCAUGGAGGGUCUCUCUAACAUCCUGCAGACAGGCAUCAGACAGACAUUUGGGAGCACAGGGAGUGACAAACAGUAUCUAAACACAGUUAUUCCGUAUGAGAAGAAAGGCACCCCUCCAUCUGUUGAAGACCUGCAGAUGCUCACAAAAAUUCUCUAUGCCAUGAAGGAGGACAGUGAGAAGGUGCCUACACUGCUAACUGACUACAUACUGAAAGUCCUGUGUCCUACCUAAAGCACCGCCCGGCCAGGGGCCGCAGUGUAACGGAGAAUUCUUCCCCCGAGGGCUUUUCCAACCCUCCCCGCCUCUGGCCCAAGCUGCAUGACCCCCCCCCUUACCAUUAUCAACCAUGGAUCCUCACCAUCGACAUUAUUGUAUUCACCUCGACUAUGACAACUGCCUUUCGCUGAGCUCACCGUCUCCCAUCCUGCACAUUAAGCUCGGGCCACACCCAAAAUGGCCGCCGUCUGAAUAGUUAAGUGGGAAGCCAAUCCCACUUGAAAAGGACUUCACUAAUGGAGCAUGACAUGCUAUUAACUAUCACAACACCACUAUGAUACAGGGAUACAGUGUCACCAUUGCUUUGGUUUCCUUCAUUUUUUUUACUUUAUAGUUUUUUGUUUGUUUGUUUUUUUUACUUUUCUUAGUUUUCCUCUAACAGAAUUUCAAUGUUGCCAAGUUUUGACACUUAUAACAUAAACUGACCUUUUAACCACUGAGUUCUGUUGACUGUCUUAUCCAUUGAUUCAUAAGGACUACACUGUAAAUUAAAUGAUAUGCCAUACUGUAUCCACACAUGAGCAUCUCCCUGUAUAGUUUCAGAUGAAACCGGUGGUUCAUUUGAAUACAAAAGCCAUGCACCUUUUUCUGCCAACUUAGUACUGUAGCUCCAUGCGAAUGAGAAGAAACACACAACUAUUACGGGUGCAGUGCAGUGCAUUACAGAGCUUUGUUUUUCUUCUUCUUUUUGCUCCCCCAUCUGGACAUCCAGUGCUCUUCUGACUUUUUUGAAAUUCAUUUUUUCGUUUCUAUUCAAAUAUUUGAUAUGAACUCUGUUGCCGAUUUUCUACUUUUAUUUACUGUGUCAUCAGAGCGACAGGCUUUCGUGCGUUCCACCCCGUUCAACCACAUGGAGGUGUAUCACUGAGUUUUCCUUGGAUAUAUCAGGCCCUGAUGAGAUGAGCUCAUUUCAAUAAAGGUGUGCAUAUUUGCAUAUUAGCAGACUUAUGACUUCCUUUGCGCCAUGUAGGUGAAUGUUACAUUGCUAAUCGCAAAUUCUAAUAAACAUUCUACCCUU